AUGAAAUGCUCGGUCAGCCUAUUGCUUGGUCAGCUUAUUCGCUUGCUUCCGGGAACGUUUGUGAUUUUCUUCAUCAUACAACCAACUAGCUCUUAUCCCAGUCCGAAACCACUAGCUCAGCUUUCUCCAGAAUCAGAAGACUGUCCAAAAUGGGAUGACAGCCCGUGGUGUCCAUGCUAUCAGUUCGAAGAUGGACUAUUCCUUGAGUGUCCGACUACUGGAAUAUCAGAAAUACGUACCACGCUAUCGUUAAUCAGCGUGCCAAUUAAAUCAUUAGGAAUAUAUCACUUAGACAAAAAUAUCACGAUUCUUCCACCAAAGGUCUUUGCAAAUGCAUCUGUAUCGCAUCUGUUGAUGUCCUACACAAGUAUAGAACAACUUGAUGAAUAUGCUUUUUUUGGACUUGAAGACACUUUAGAUAGUUUGUCUAUUGUAAACAGCAAACUUAAAGACAUUCCUCAAAAAGCUCUCAGCAAUCUCAAAGAGCUUACUUCCAUUGAUUUUGAUAGCAAUGAAAUUCAAAAAGUUGAUAGCUAUGCUUUUUACGGCAUGCCAUUGACUACAUUGAAUUUGCAAGGCAAUCAAAUUGACACUUUGUCUGAAUACGCUUUUGGCGGUCUAGAGAAUACUCUGCAGGAACUUACUCUCAUCAACAAUAAACUCAUCAAAUUUCCAUUGAGUGCUUUACGUCGACUAAGAAAGCUUAAAACGUUGAAACUUGUAAAAAAUUUCAUUGAUGAUAUUCUGGACGAUGGGUUUACGAGAUUCACAGAUCUCGAGACUUUGGAUAUGAAUUCGAAUAGAUUAACUGAAUUGCAUGAUCGAAGUUUCGUUACGAUGCCCAGAUUAGUUGUUCUUUCUGUUCAAAUGAAUAAACUUGUAAGUCUUGACGAUAGAGUUUUUAUUCAUGUACGAGAACUAGAAAACCUAGACUUGAGCCAUAAUCGUAUUGUAACUCUGAAUCCUCGUGUUUUGAGCCCAUUGCAUAAGCUAAAGACAAUAGACUUAAGUUUUAACCACCUUCACUCUAUAGAAGGAGGUGUUUUCCACAAUUUAACUCAACUAAGAGAAGUAUUCUUGUCAAACAACAACAUAUUGAAAAUCACCAAUGAUACGUUGUAUAAUAGCUCCCAAAUAUCUGUUUUGUUUCUACCUAACAAUGCAAUAACUUCAAUCGAUUUAGGAGCAUUCCAAUCACUUCAAAAUCUUUACCAACUGCAGCUGUCAUUUAACCAGUUGCGUGACGUUCACCCCUUAUUAUUCAAAAACAAUCGUGAGUUGCGUUCCCUUUCGAUGGACAACAACUUAAUAACUGACAUUCAGCUUGGAACAUUUCAAGAAUUAAUUGAACUGCGAGAUCUUAGAUUACAAAAUAAUUUACUAAAGCGGAUCAGGAAAGGAAGUUUUUAUUCCUUACCUAACCUACAGGAAUUACAUCUACAAUACAACCGUAUAGAUGUUAUUGAGAAAGAAGCUCUUCAAAGCCUCGCCAAUUUGCAACAUUUAAACAUUCAAGGAAACCGACUCAUUGAAGUUGGUGACAUUCUCAGUAGGUACCCUUCCAGUUUGCGUUCUCUACAGAUAAAUCACAAUGAGAUAACUUCCCUACAAGAAACCAGUUUAAAAGGUUUAAACAAGAUGGAAAUUCUCUGGCUCGAUUGCAAUAAAAUCAAGAAACUACAGAGAAAUGUCUUUACUGAUUUAACAGAAGUUCAGAAACUGUAUUUAGACCAUAACGCAAUUUCUUCUAUAGAAGACAAUACUUUCGUAGAAAUGAAACGAUUGGUCUAUUUAAAUUUAGAAAAUAAUAACUUAAAUCAUUUGAGUGCAAAUAUUUUCUCGGGAGCUGUCAAUCUUGAAGAAAUUUAUUUGUCUCAUAACAGAAUAAUGGAUAUUGAGCCGUUAACAUUUCAGAAUCUUAAAAAUUUGCGGAUUUUAUAUCUUUCUCACAAUCAAAUUUAUGUUAUUCGAAAGUACAUGUUUGAAGGCGACACACAACUAGAAGAACUUAGUCUUUCUAAUUCUAUGAUUGAAAGCAUUGAAGAUAACACAUUCAUUCAUUUGACAAACCUUUUGAAACUUGACUUAAGUCAUAAUCGUUUGCUUAAUAUAAAAAUAACUUUCUUGGGAAACCUAAGAGAACUCAGUUUAAAUAAUAACAAUUUGACAGAGAGGAACGGAAUUGAGCUACAAGGACUUACUGGUCUUUCUGACCUAAAUUUGGACAAUAUUGGAGACGAAAAAAUUCAAAAUUAUUUAUUUGAAUCAUUGACAGAUUUGAGGUCUUUACAUCUUUGCAAUAAUGAUCUCAAACAACUAGAACCGAAUUUGUUCUCAAAUUUAGCUUUAUUACACGAACUGCAUUUGGACAAUAACGAGUUUUCUACAGUACCGAAAUCAGCCAUUCGAAAAUUAGAAAAACUAGAAAAACUUUCCAUAUCUAGAAAUAAACUGAAGCAGUUACCAAAUAUGGCAUUUAUUGAUAACAAUAUCUUAAGUAAGCUUAACUUAUCCGAAAAUGUCAUAACAGCUGUUGAGAAGAAAGCAUUUCAAAACCUAACAAAGCUCAAAGACCUAGAUCUUUCCGGAAACAUGCUGACUUCGCUACCAAAUGAAGUUUUUGAUUUUUUAAUAUCCCUUGAAACACUGAAUUUGAACAAAAACCUUCUAAAAUUUAUUCCAAACUCCGUCCUGCUCUCGCCGCUUUCUAGCUUGAAAACAUUAUUAUUUGAAGAAAAUGCAUUAUUGCGAGUUAGAGAAGACAUGACUUCUUCACAGACAUUGCACAAAGUUCAACAUUUGCGGAUUAACAGUGGAAACAUUAGCAUUAUAGCUUCCCAUGAUUUCUCGAUAUUUCCCCAACUUCUGACACUAUAUCUUAGAAACAAUGGCAUUGCAAAAGUGUCACCUGGUGCUUUUAAGCCAUUGAGCAUGCUAGUUGAGUUAGACCUCGGAUAUAACAAAUUGGACAUACUACCUGAAGAACGAUUCCAUGGUUUGAUAAAAAUUGAAACAUUGAACAUUACUAAUAAUCAUUUACUGGAAUUUCCUUCAAUCAAAGAGGAUUUAAAAUAUCUCUCUAAGUUGGAUUUAUCUUACAACAAACUAAUUAAAAUUGAUGGUGAUACAUUUGACAGAAUGUAUAACCUGAAAACUUUAAAUAUCCAAUCAAAUAAAAUUACGUGGAUAUCUCCUGGUGCUUUUGACAAUCUUUCAUCACUUCAAGAGUUGGAUAUCAGUAAUAACCAACUGACUCACAUAAGCAGCAACGUACUAAUCCCAGCAGAAAUAAGGAUGGCAACACUUAAACUGUCAGGUAAUCCUUUCCACUGUGACUGUUUAAUGUUGAGUCUCUGGGAAUGGCUGCAAGAGCACGGGAGAUUUCUUCACUUGGACAACAACCCUCUGGUAUGUGUCCAUCCUGAUAGAUUGCGUGAUCAUUCCAUCCUCACCCUUCAUCCAUCAGACAUUUGUCCUUCACCCCUCCUGUCGGACCUCGAAGUUCAGAGACUCGACGCUGACCAACUGACCAUCAUCUGGGAGGUGCAAAACGGCACCUUGAUCGGAGGCUUCACCGUCACCUAUCACGUCACUACAUCACGCUCGCCAGUUGUCCUGGCAAAUCUUCACGCCACUUCUAGAGGUCACGAACUUGAUGGCUUGCUGCCAGAAACCUGGUAUACAGUGUGUGUAACAGCUACCGGAAAGUACUUGAAGAUGUACGGCAAUAAACCGAUUCCAUAUGUCACGGAGAACGAAAGGACUAGUAGCAGUGAAGCAGCUACAUCAAACAACAGAAAGUGCCUACAAAUAAGAACAUUGGCGAAAACGGACAAAACCAAGAUCACAUUGUCCACCCUUGGGAUUAUACUGGGCAGCAGUAUCAGCGCCGCAUUGGUGCUUACCUUAUCUAUUCUCCUGACGGCUUUAAAAUUUCGUCGCAGAAGACGAAGACCAGUGAAAAAUGAUGUUCCCCAGGAGUAUAUCUCUUACAGACAUUUUUCCAUUCAGUCAUCAGAAGGCGUAUAUUCAUGACUUUGCUUCCCACACACAGAAUAUAUUGCAGGAAAACUUUAUCGUAAAUGAAAAGAUGUUCAUUUUUUACACUAAUGGAAUAAGUAUAGGCAUAAUGACUGAAUUCUAUGAAUGACAUGCCACGAAUUAAGGGGCUAAAAUGCGAGCAAGCACAAAACCAGACCUUUCACUCCCUUUAUUUACUUAAGGGUAUAUUUAGUCUAAAGUUUUGUGAUAACAAACUGUUCACUUAUACAAGAGCUCAAUUCUAAACGCCGUUUUCCAAAGGCACUAUUCUUUAAAGAUGUGAUAAAACAUUUCUUAACGUAAUUUUGUUUGACAAAAGUGUACUGAAGCAAAUUUUGCCUCAUUAAAGAGUCGAGACAUGUUUUUGUUUAGAAAUAUGUAUGAAGUUGAGAUUGUAUUUAUUUAGUUAGUUUUAUUUUUCCCCGGUGACUUUUUUUUUUGUUGAAGUAGCUAUUUAUUAGAGAGCGAAUUUUUAUCACUGACCUAAUAGUAAUGUCUUUCCUUACAUGCAUAUAAGAAGCAAAUGUUAUUCGAAAGAAAGUGAAAUUUGUCCCUUGUCAGGCGUAAAAUAAAUUCUAAGUUAGAAAUUGUUAGCAGUCAAUUACAUUACAGAGGUAAUUAAAACUGCUUUAUAUGAUUGUAUUCAGUUAUAUUAAACAGCAUUACGAAGGACUUUCUCUAGAAAAAAAUACUGUUUAUUUUUUCUAUCAACCUAUUGCAAGGUAACUUGGGAAAUCUGCUACAAUUAAAUUUUGUGAUUUAAUGAAAAAAAAAGGAUUGCUUUUCAUUAUUAACACUUUUAUAGAACAUACUCGACGACUUAAUUUCUAAAACACAGUUUAGAGAAUUUUACGAGAUAUUGUAUCCACACACGCUAAAUUUACACCUCGUAGGUAUGUAUUAAAUAUCAAAUACCAUUAAGAGAGACAUUAAUCAAUCUUGGUCCUUUGUUGUAAGCAUCUUUUGAACGUAACAUGAAUCUUAUAAUUACAAAAGAUAAAUUCACAAAUCAAACACCAUAGAUUACUUUUUCUCAUAAAAAUAUCUAGUGCAUUAGAUGCUUCUUUUACAAAUCUAAAAGCUUCUUCUGCCUUUAAUGUAAUUUUUUCCUCGAAAGAAAUUGCGUAAAGCUCAUUGUACACCAUAUCUAUUGUCAUUAUUUAUUUUUUACUUAACGUAUAAAAUUAGUUAUAUAAAAGCUGGAUUUUUUUUUUCAUUUAGUGAUAAAUUACAUGUAUAUGUAAUUUCUCAUUUUGUAACGUCUUCUUCCAUGUUGCAACGUUAUAAUAAUAUUUCAAGAUUCAUUUUCUUCCCUGACCCCCCCCCCCCCCCAUUGCAUGAACUAAAAAACCAUUCCAUCAGUUGCAAAACCAAUGAUGCCUUAUUUUAUGCUUUUUAGUAUGAGGAAAAAGAAAAAAAAUAUAUAGAUGUAUUUAAAAUUGAAUAACAUUUUUAAUUUUUGUGACCUUCUCUUUGCUUUCCACACAUUAAUACGCAAAAAGUCAUUGUUUAGUUUCAUUUUCAAAUGUACUUGUUAUGCUACUAUAUAAGCUGCAUCAUUUUACUUGGUUGAACUGAAACAAGAUCUGAUGAUGGGUGAUUAUUGGACCAAACAAGUUUCAUCAAAUGAAAAAGGAUAGCAAAUAACAAAUGACAUUGUAUCCAACCAUUUUUUACGAACACUUUGAAAAACUGGUGUUAAAAUGUUUUACAAAAUACCAAAAAGCAGUGUGUAAGUACAAUUAUCCCCUUUUUUUAACGUGCUUUGUCAAUAUUGCACAAUUGAAUGUAAAAAUGAACAUAUUGUUUCUGUGAAAAAUGUCUGUACAAAAUUUCAUGUUUUC